UCUUCUGAAUUUUUUUUUUAAUCAAACGUGCCCUCUCUUUGCAUGAAACAAUCCGUUUUCUUUUAAAUUCAGUAUAUAUGCAUCACCCUUUUCUGCCAUCCCAUAUGUUUAAUAUCUGUGUUUAAAACACAGUGUUUUGUAUGUCACCAGGGGCUUUAAGAAUGACCGGAUUUUUGUUGUUGUUGCAGCUCUUAGGCAUUAACCAAGAACAAAAUGGGGAAACAGAACAGUAAACUGAGACCCGAAGUGCUCCAGGACCUCCGAGAGAACACAGAAUUCACAGACCAUGAACUGCAAGAGUGGUACAAAGGCUUCCUAAAAGAUUGCCCAACUGGCCAUUUGACUGUUGAAGAGUUCAAAAAGAUAUAUGCUAACUUCUUCCCCUAUGGCGAUGCCUCAAAAUUUGCAGAGCACGUGUUCCGCACUUUUGAUACCAAUGGCGAUGGGACGAUUGACUUUCGGGAAUUUAUAAUCGCAUUGAGUGUCACUUCGCGGGGGAAACUUGAGCAGAAGCUGAAAUGGGCAUUUAGCAUGUAUGACCUUGAUGGCAAUGGCUACAUCAGCCGUGCAGAAAUGCUUGAGAUAGUGCAGGCAAUCUACAAAAUGGUAUCUUCAGUAAUGAAAAUGCCAGAGGAUGAAUCAACUCCAGAGAAACGAACAGACAAAAUAUUCAGACAGAUGGACACAAACAAUGAUGGUAAACUAUCUCUCGAAGAGUUUAUUAAAGGUGCCAAGAGUGAUCCCUCUAUCGUGCGGUUGUUACAAUGUGAUCCAAGCAGUGCAAGUCAGUUCUAAUUAAACUCUGGACAGUUUGCAAAGAAAAUUACUGGCUUGUUCAAGCUUUACUCGUAAAUGGAUGCCUUCUCAACCAUUCCUCAGUGGCUAGUGGAUGAGAUUCCACGGCCAGAUUGUCUGUGUAUCCAAGUGAAAAAGAGCCUCACUCCUCUCACCAACAUUGAUGCAAAUUCCUCCUUCCACUAUCCCGUCCUUUGUUUCUUCCCCUUAUGCUUCACCCUACACAUCUAACAGAAUUGAAGGGUAUGUUUACAAUGGCAGGUUAAAGAGGGGUUUAUUGCACAUCACUUGGUUAAUAUGAACAGAUGACUUUCUAGUUAGCGCCUAAGAAAGAGAUGCCAUGUGUUCCUCCUUUUGACCAACACAAAUGGCAGGCAUUUUAAUUUGCUUCCCAGAAAAUGGAUAUAAAAUGUGGAAUAAAUUGAGUAGAAUUUUCUUAAAGAGCAUGAUACCAGUUUCCUGCUAUGAGGAAAAUUGCUUGCACUUACUUAAUGGUCUUUCCAUUCAUAUAUAUAUAUACAUACUAUAAAUAUAUAUAUAUAUAUGGUGAAGUAAUUUUUUUAAUAUUUAGGUCAUAUUUAAUAUAUCAAGUAGAAUCCAUGCUUCAUUUCUUCUAGUUGUCUGUGAUUAUUCAAAUCUUUUUUUUUUUUAAGUGAUAUUUAUGCAUAGCAAGGUUGCCAUUAAGGCACUGCAUGACUAGCUGUUUGUGGAUAAUAACACUGUUUAAUUACCAAUUGCAACACUUUGUUCAUUUUUACUGUUGAUUGUUCAAGCGUUUUACUGUGUUAAUGAAAUUUAAAAGGAAUGUUUUUCCUUCUGUGUUUAUCAGUGAAGUGCCACUUUACUGUGGCUACAGCGUUUUUAAAAUGGCAUUUGAGUGAAGUGAGGUGAUUUGACACACACUUGCUAUGGCCGUCCUACCUUGUUGCAGUCCAUCUCUGUUAAUAGUCUUGUGCAUUCCAGUGUUAUUUAAUAUCUGCCUAAUGCCAAGAAAUGUUAAUUGAAAUAAAGACUUGAUUUUCUUGUC